CAGAGGGUGACGUGUGGCGUAGAAGACGCGGACAGCCUGCGCCUGUCAGCACCCCCGGGGUUUGUAGCAGAGGAGGGGCGGGCGCCAUGGCGGUUCUGCUAGAGACCACUUUGGGCGACGUCGUCAUCGACUUGUACACCGAGGAGCGGCCGCGUGCCUGCUUGAAUUUCUUGAAAUUGUGCAAAAUAAAAUAUUACAAUUAUUGCCUUAUUCACAAUGUACAGAGGGAUUUUAUCAUACAAACUGGCGAUCCUACAGGGACUGGCCGUGGAGGAGAGUCUAUUUUUGGCCAACUGUAUGGUGAUCAAGCAAGCUUUUUUGAGGCAGAAAAAGUCCCAAGAAUUAAGCACAAGAAGAAAGGCACAGUGUCCAUGGUGAAUAAUGGCAGUGAUCAACAUGGAUCUCAGUUUCUUAUCACUACAGGAGAAAAUCUAGAUUACCUUGAUGGUGUCCAUACAGUGUUUGGUGAGGUGACAGAAGGCAUGGACAUAAUUAAGAAAAUUAAUGAGACCUUUGUUGACAAGGACUUUGUACCAUAUCAGGAUAUCAGGAUAAAUCAUACAGUGAUUUUAGAUGAUCCAUUUGAUGACCCUCCUGAUUUAUUAAUCCCUGAUCGAUCUCCAGAACCUACAAGGGAACAAUUAGAUAGUGGUCGAAUAGGAGCAGAUGAAGAAAUUGAUGAUUUCAAAGGAAGAUCAGCUGAGGAAGUAGAAGAAAUAAAGGCAGAAAAAGAGGCUAAAACUCAGGCUAUACUUUUAGAGAUGGUGGGAGACCUACCUGAUGCAGAUAUUAAACCUCCAGAAAAUGUACUGUUUGUGUGUAAAUUGAACCCAGUGACCACAGAUGAGGAUCUGGAAAUAAUAUUCUCUAGAUUUGGGCCAAUAAGAAGUUGCGAAGUUAUCCGGGACUGGAAGACAGGAGAGUCCCUCUGUUAUGCUUUUAUUGAAUUUGAAAAGGAAGAAGAUUGUGAGAAAGCAUUCUUCAAAAUGGACAAUGUACUUAUAGAUGACAGAAGAAUACAUGUGGAUUUUAGCCAGUCUGUUGCAAAGGUUAAAUGGAAAGGAAAAGGUGGGAAAUACACCAAGAGUGAUUUCAAGGAGUAUGAAAAAGAACAGGAUAAACCAUCUAAUUUGGUUCUGAAAGAUAAAGUAAAGCCCAAACAGGAUGCAAAAUAUGAUCUUAUAUUAGAUGAGCAGUCCGAAGACUCAAAAUCAGGUCACUCACACACAAGUAAAAAACACAAGAAGAAAACCCGUCACUGCUCUGAAGAGAAAGAAGAUGAGGACUACAUACCAAUCAAAAAUACUAAUCAGGAUAUCUAUAGAGAAAUGGGGUUUGGUCACUAUGAAGAAGAAGAAAGCUGUUGGGAGAAACAGAAGAGUGAAAAGAGAGACCGAACUCAGAACCGAAGUCGCAGCCGAUCUCGAGAGAGGGAUGGCCAUUACAGUAAUAGUCACAAGUCAAAAUACCAAACAGAUCUUUAUGAAAGAGAAAGGAGUAAAAAGAGAGACCGAAGCAGAAGUCCAAAGAAAUCCAAAGAUAAAGAAAAAUCUAAGUACAGAUGAAAGAUGAAGAGGCAGAAUUGAGUGGCUAACAUAUUUACUCUUGUCUAACUUAAGAAUGCCAGGAAAGCAGAUGCUUAGAUUUUGUGUCAAAGCUUGUUACUUUUUUCAUGUUAGGAUUAUGGCCCUUUAGAUUAAUACUGAUUAUAUAGGGCACUGAAAGAUAAAGAAUUGAACAUUUUCUUUGUAUACUUUUUUACAGUAAUUUUAUUGUUACAUAUAAAUGGUAGUCUUCAUUUUUGAAGUCUUUUACAUUUUCACUCUUUUUUUAAUGAAGUAUUUCAUACUACAAAAACACAUAAACAUGUAUAUAUAAAGUAAAGGGAUAAUAAAUGUAAAUAUCUGUGUACUCAUCAGCCAGCUUAAGAUACAGAAUAUUGCCUACAUUUUAGAAGUCCCCUAAGGUCCUCUCCCUCUCAAAUAAUUAUUUGGAAUUUAGUGUUUGUCAUUUGCCUAUUAUAGUUUUACAACAUACAUAUGUAUCUGUAAGCAAAAUGUUAAUUUUGUAUGUUUCUGAAUUUUAUAUAAAUGGCAAAAUGUUUGUUUACUUCUGUGACUUUCUUUCAUUUUUAUUGCUAUAUAGUAUUAUAUGAAUAUACCACAGCUUAUUCAUUCUUUUCUUGAUGGACAUUUGAGUUUUGUUUAUUUUUGUUUUUGCUGUUGAAACAAUGCUGCUGUGGACAUUGUAUCUAGGAGUUAUAUUGCUUGAUAUAUUGAUAAAAUAAUGAUAAAUUUGUAUUC